AUAGCCUGAAAAUUUAUGGCACAUUUCGUUCGAGAGAUACGGUAUAUAUUGCGAUCGGACAGAUGAAUUGAUUUUUUUUUGGAAUUCUUCAUCAGUGAGUCUUAUCCAAUGAUUUAAAAUCUUUUUCGGCACAAAAAACGAAAUUGAACAAAUAUUACGCAAAAAUGCAAACAGAGAUUACGGGAGAGGUUAAUGUUAGUCCUCCAAUCUCUCAGAACUGUCAAAACCAGUCGAAAUCCAUGAGAUAUAUUGUAAACAAUAGUUGGGAGAAAUUUCAAGAAUAAAAUCAUUUACAUUUCCAUGUGAUAUCAUGAAUGGAAAAUUUUUGUAUUUUGCUUAUGGCAGCAACUUGUUGCAAAAAAGAAUUCACAUUAAUAAUCCCAGUGCAGUGAGAGCCGGAAUUGGAAAAUUAAAGGAUUACACUCUGGAUUUCAACACAUAUUCUAAAAGAUGGAGAGGAGCCUCUGCAACUAUUGUUGAAAAAAAGGGGGCUCAUGUGUGGGGUGCCCUAUGGACUUUGGACAAUGAACAUAUGACUACGUUAGAUGAGCAAGAGGGGGUAAAACAAAAUCUCUACAACCCUUUGACUGUAGAAGUAGAGUGCCCCGACGGGCAAACAAGAACCUGUAGAGUUUAUCAGCAAACCAGCAAUCCUAAAAUUACAAACAACAUUGAGGAUAUUCCAGAUGAAAGGAAACCUUCAUUUGUGUAUUUGAAAACUAUAAUAGAUGGGGCUCAAGAAUCUGGAUUACCACAGCAAUAUUUAGAAUUUCUUUCGAAAAUUCCUCAUAAUGGGUAUAAAGGAAUUGUUGACAUAGGAUUGGAUUUACACAUUGUAAAUUGAAUUACAGUGUUCAGUUCCAAAUGAAAUUGAAAUCAUUAAGUAGUUUUCACAUACCUGAUUGAAACAAAUUACUUUGUUACUUUCUACCUGAUUUACAUAGUUCUUACUUUUUGUUUAUGAAAAUAAAUCUAAAAAUUGAAAACUUC